UUGGUCACCAGCAACCUGCCUCGGACCUUCCUCCAAGCCAAGUUUCUCAUCACUGACUAGAAAAAUCCCUCAUCCAGAGGACAGAUGGGUCCUCCUUGAAUGUCCUCCUUUUGGGAGCAGUGGGAGAAAGUUAAACAUAAUUCUAGGCCAGGAAGUCAAACAUGGCACAGAGCAUGGAAAGGAGGGAACAGACACCCAGACCCUGAAGGAGCAGGAGUUCAGCCUGAUGGGAGCCCAAGCCCUUGUCCUGAUGGCCUCUGUCCUCCUGCAUUUCAUCCUGCUUCCUGGGUCAAGAUGUGAAGAAAACUGUGGCAAUCCUGAGCAUUGCCUGACCACAGACUGGGUACACCUUUGGUAUAUAUGGUUGCUGGUGGUGGCCGCCGCGCUGCUCCUGCUGUGGGGCCUGGCCUCCCUGUGCAUCCGCUGCUGCUGCCUGAGUCGCCCGCAAAAUGGGGACGAAGGGGGCCCGCCACCCUACGAAGUGACCGUCAUCGCUUUCGAUCACGACAGCACUCUGCAGAGUACGAUCACUUCCCUGCAGUCAGUGUUUGGCCCUGCAGCCCGGAGAAUCCUGGCCGUAGCCCAUUCUCACAGCUCCUCAGGCCAACUGCCCUCCUCUUUGGACACCCUCCCAGGGUAUGAAGAAGCUGUUCACAUGAGUCGCUUCACAGUGGCAAGGUGUGGGCAGAAAGCACCUGAUCUACCCCCUGUCCCUGAAGAGAAACAGCUGCCUCCAAGGAAGAUGGAGUCUUCUGGAGUAGAACACUCUUCAGACUGAUGGGAACUGAGAUUUUAUAAAUGGGGGUUGAGGUAUCCCCAAAGUCUGUGAGGAUUCACAGACAAAGGGAACAUUUUCUUUUCUAACUCUCAGAAGUUUUAGGACGACAUCUAAACAUCAUCCUAUGGAAAAGAUAGGUUCUAUAAAAAGUCCUCAUGCCCAGCCACUUGUAUUUUCUGAUACAUAAUGCUCUAAUAGGGGACUCUAAUUCUUUAUCCAAUGGCCAAAAUUGGCAACUAACAUCCAGCUAUGUUGAAUACUACCAAAUCUUAGCAUCAUUGUAUCUUGAAUUCCUUCAACUGUUGACUACUUAUAAAAUUUCUUUAUCCAUAAGAUAAUGCAAGUUGCUUUUCUCUCUGCCAGCUAAUAGAUUGUGCUAAACUUGAAGAGAAAGCAACAUUGUCAGCAGAGCCAUCGACUUGGUGCACUAAUGCUUGCAUCUUUCCUCCUGAGAGAACAGUCAAUUUUACACUGAAUGACAAUGAUCAUCUUGGACAUCAUAUAAUACAUACCUGAAUAUCUAAAACCCAGGGGAGGGAUUGCUGGUACAGGCUAAGAGAACACAGUAUAGUAUUGAAGUGUCAAAUAUCAAAGUCUUUCUUUCUUCCUUGUCCUAUCCACCAGCAGUAUGAAAAACUACAUAAAAGUGCAGUAACCGUUCAAUCAAUUCUUCAGUUUCUCUUCCCUGCAAACAGGUACAGGUGCACACAACAUGCACCCACGUGCUCAUGCACCCUUUUGCAAGACUAAAAGAAUAGCAUUGAUUUCCUUCUUUACUCUUCAUGCUUUAACCACUUAAAGCCACAACAGGUCUCUAGUGACACAGGUCUCUAGUGGUGACCCUCACUGCCACCUAGUGGAGCCAUGGUAGAAAAUAUACUUUCCUUUUGGCACAUCUACACAACUUUGCAGUUUUGGGAGCACAAACAAGUGCAGAACUCAGCCUGGAUGGGAUGCUUCCCAUGGCACCGUUCUGCUGUGUACUGCUAAGCCACUCACCUAACAUACUACCUCCCAAGGUUCUGCUGUUGGAAAAUCAAAGAAGUGAAGUGCACUUGGGGAAAAAUUACUUGCCUUAAAUAAGUCACUGAAAUCUUUAAAGCACAGUUUUCUCAUCUGUAAAACAGGGGAUAAUAAUACUUCACAGGAUUAUUGUGAAGAUCAGAGAGGCUAUUAAUAAAAAGUAUUAUGCACUUGUGUUUGUUACCAUCUUACUAUAGUCAUUUAAUCUUCAUCUACCUGCUGUGAUUCCGCUGAGAGUUAUGUUCUGGUUUGUCCAUUUGCCAGCCUGCUGUGUUACUGUUAAGUCAUACCUGAAGUGGCUUUAUGUUAUCAAUAAAUAUUUGUUGAUUAAGGUAAA